AUGGCGCGAAUCGUGAUUUUUAUUUAUCUGUCGAUGUUUAUCUUUCUAAUGUCAAAUCUUGUGAGCCCGUCUUCAUCUUAUUCAGAAUCAAAACAGAAACUAGAGGUAAGACUGAAAAAUGCUACUAGGCACUAGUGAUCACCAAGUUAACUUAAUUUUCGUAGAGUUUUUACGGAGCGGAAUAUCCUUUCUUGUCCACAUGCAACAAAACCAUGCGCGGUCACCUUGUUCAGCGUAAUGAAUUUUAACUUCUUACCCCAGCACUGGGUAUGCAUAAGUUCUGGGUUAUAUUUACCAGUUUAAGCUAUUCAUGACAAACACUUUUCUAUUUGAAGUCUCACUUUUUAAUUGAAAUUGAUAGAUCCGUCACCAAACGACUUAUUUUAAGACAAAACUGUGGCCUGAAGUUGGUGCCAUAAAAACUGAUCCCCUCACUUUGUAACGGCCAUAUUCAGAAGCAAUCAAUUUACAAACAUGUGUAAUCAUUGUUUUAAAACCGAAAAUGUUCUACCCUUUCCUGAAAAAAAUGAGAUGUCAUAUCACAUCCCUACUUUCCUACCGAAAGGUCACCUUUCGGCGAUGAAGACUUUUCUCCAAUCAAGGGCAGUUGUAGACAGGUUACUGUAUUACUGAGUGCGUCCAUGGGAAAAUCUUAUCAAGACUUUUCCUUUUCCAUUUUAGAGAACUUUGUCAAAUGUCGACAUGGCUACAGCUGAUUUAAAGUCAUACAUAGGAAAGAGGGUUAAACACGCUAAAAUGAUGGAGAUGAACAAGAGAUUCACGGAUGGCGAUGAACCUGGAGAAGAGAGAAAAAGUAAGCUUAAAUAAAUCGUUUUUUCUGCCCCACGUGAAACAAAAAAAGGCGUGAAAUUUUACGGAGUUUAAGCAACCACGACAUUAUCGACAGCCGGUAUUGCAAAAAACGGUACUAAAAGCCCAUAAUUGUUAAGUAAAACAAUUCAGUCUUUCACAUCUGCGCGCAUGGUAUAUAUUUGGUGUAUUUUUCUAUGAGGAGGUGAAAGAGGUUUUUGCGUGAUCGAUACGGGAUGAAGUGUUUUUAAAUUUCGUGAAAGGCGAUAUACAAAAUAAAAUCCGUGAAAUACUGUCCUUUUACCCGGAAUUUUAAUCACCGUGCUGCGUUUGCUGCUUUUUAAUGUCCCUGAAACGUGCGUAGGAACCUCCCCCAAUUAUCCACUUUUCUAUUGCGUUCUGCAAAACAACAACAGCGUGAUCAAAUGAUUCAAUUCUAGGUUUCAAAGCAGUUUGUACAAACACAACUCUUCGUGAACUUAAAAUUCCUCAUCAGGAAACUUUUGAUUUAGUCUCAUCGCAUUCGAAAAUAAAACACGCAUUGAUUUUUAAAAAGGAAUGCCUAAUCAGGCUUUUUUCAAUUGACAUCUUCUUUGAAAUAUCUUUGUCAUGCGCUAUUAAAUCCUACGGUCACUGACGAAAAGCGGUUUAGUUUUGAAAGAAAAAUCAAGAAAGAAGAUAUUUUCUUUCUGAACAAAUUUUCGCAUUGUUUGUGAUUGGUUUAAUACAGCAAACCAUUAAGUAGCCGAAAUAAAAGAAAAUUAUAGUGUAAAUUAAAACUACCGCUUCUCCAUUAACGAAAGGCUUCCCAUUAAUUAAAUAAUUUCUUCAGCAUGCAACAUGUUUGUAUUAAGUGGUUUCGCAAAAAUGAAACCACACCAUGUUUCUGCGGAUAACUACCAAUUAUUGCAAACCAAUCAUCACCAAACUGAGAAAAGAUCCUCUGAACUUUUGAUAUUAGUGCCGAGCUUAAGCAAAGACGUUUUUUUAGGGACGCGGGUGUCAACCGGAAGUGGACUUUUUGCAUUCUUUGGCAGUAAUAGAGAGGUUAAGCAUCAUGUUUACGUCAAUUUGUACCACGUGACCAAGUUUCCCCUUUGCUUGUCGCCUACUGCUCAUUAUUUCUACACAUAAAUUAGUAGUUUCACCCAAUUUUUUAUCCAUAAGAAUUUUCCGAGCUGUUUUUAUCUGCUCAUUUUCUAUUUUGAAUAAUUCGGAACUUGAAUCUGACUUUUCCCAUUUGCCGUAUACGUGAAGCUUAAACUCUCUAUUUUCGCCCAAAAUUUUCGGGCUAAUCGCCUUUAAAAAAGAGCAAAGACACUUAGCAAUAAAAUUUGAUAGAGUCAAGGAAUAUUAUUAAGAGAAAGCUUUCAUUCGGCUGGUUGACGUGAGUUGCUCCCUAUUAAGAUCGACUACCGGACUGACUUAUUGGCAAAAAUUAAACAGCAACGAAAGACACUGUUUUGUAGCGUUUCAUUUGAAUUGUUACAAUUUAUUAGGACAGAUCUAAGUCGAGUAAGACUCCAGAAAAGCUAGAAUUCAUAUAAAAAUGAGCACUUUUAACCUUUUCACGUCUGGCUGUUGAUACAGGAGCUGUUAAACUGCCUAUGCAGCAUUGUCGCCCCUAUCCUACUAUUGUGAAAGUAGAAAAGCCAGGAGACCAAGAAAGGCUUUACUGGCCGAGCUUUGUGGAGUUACACCGCUGUGCCGGUGGAUGCUCUUCAGGUAGGUUAUUCUUUUUAUUGGAGAGAUAUUAGGUAUAGAGAGAUUAAGUAUUUCGUUCACCGGACGUAGUUUACUUCAAUUUGUACCACGAGACCAAAUUUUCCCUUUACUUGGCGUUUAAUGUUGAUUAUAUCCACAUAAAAGUUAGCCUGAAUUUCAGACAUUAUAUUCGUGUCGCCUACUCCCCCACUGGACGUCAUUAACGACCUGUCGAUUUAGAGGUUACUGAGGGAGCAAGCGAGUCAAGAUAGUGUCUAAAAUUCAGGCUAGACAAAAGUUAAAAUUUCGCGCCAGGUUCAUCACACAAGAAUUAUUUCAGACAUUUUUUGUCUGCUCAUUUACAAAUUUGAGAAAUUGCCAACUUGAAUCUGACGUUAACCAGUUGCUGUAAAAGUAAAAGUGAUUCUAAACCUCUCUAUUAAAAGCACCGUUUACUGCAAGCGGCAGAGAUGAGACCAUGUAUCAAUUGCGUCUCCAGUCCAUUUUUGGUUCACGCGAAGCUUAAGCACAAGACGCGAUGAUUACUGAUAAAAUUACUAUAAACCAACGCACAUAUAAAUGUAACUGACACGAAUUGCGCUCUGCUCUUUGAUCUUUCACAAAAUGACAUGCACUUUGUUUCCUUUUUUAGCGCUUCAGUGUACAGUGAAAAAACAAGAGGAGGUUACUAUCCUCGUCGAGGAUAUCAACAAUAACUUAAAAAAAGCCGAAAUUUCUCUAAGUAAUCAUACAGCCUGCAACUGUAGCUGCAAACAGGAGUGUAAUCGUGCGAAGCAAAGGUUCAGAAAGGAUACGUGUAGCUGCGAAUGCAUCGAAGAUGGAAGCCAUUGUAAUGAGAACGACAAUAAAAAGUGGAAUAAACGACUCUGCAAGUGCGAAUGUCUGCUGCGCCUUAAUUGUUGCUUGUCAGAAACAUGGAGUGAAUCUUCAUGCAAGUGCGAAGAGAAAGACCCAUCCAUCCCGGCGUUUUAA